AGGGGCCGACGGGAGCGUCAGCCGCGCUGAAGGGGGCCGACAUGGCGGCGGCGGCGGCGGCUUCGCUUCGCGGGGCGGUGAUGGGCCCUCGGGGCGCGGGCCUCCCGGGCGCACAUGCUCGGAGGCUGCUAGGCGGCGCACGGCCUGGGCAGCUCCCCCUGCGGACGCCUCAGGCAGUAUCCUUGUCCUCGAAGUCUGGCCUUUCCCGCGGGCGGAAGGUGAUGCUGUCAGCGCUGGGCAUGCUGGCGGCGGGUAGUGCAGGGCUGGCAGUGGCUCUGCAUUCUGCUGUGAAUGCCAGUGACCUGGAGCUGCACCCCCCCAGCUAYCCGUGGUCUCACCGUGGCCUCCUCUCUUCCUUGGACCACACCAGCAUCCGGAGGGGUUUCCAGGUAUAUAAGCAGGUGUGCUCUUCCUGCCACAGCAUGGACUACGUGGCUUACCGCCACCUGGUGGGCGUGUGCUACACUGAGGAUGAAGCUAAGGCCCUAGCUGAAGAGGUGGAGGUCCAGGAUGGCCCCAAUGAGGAUGGAGAGAUGUUCAUGCGGCCAGGGAAGCUGUCUGACUACUUCCCCAAACCGUACCCCAACCCUGAGGCUGCCAGGGCUGCCAAUAAUGGAGCCUUGCCCCCUGACCUCAGUUAUAUCAUUCGAGCUAGGCAUGGUGGUGAGGACUAUGUCUUCUCCUUGCUCACGGGGUACUGUGAGCCACCCACUGGUGUGUCUCUACGAGAAGGCCUCUAUUUCAACCCCUACUUCCCUGGCCAGGCCAUCGCCAUGGCCCCUCCCAUCUAUACCGAUGUUUUGGAGUUUGAUGAUGGUACUCCAGCUACCAUGUCCCAGGUAGCUAAGGAUGUGUGUACUUUCCUGCGCUGGGCAUCUGAGCCAGAACAUGACCAUCGCAAACGCAUGGGACUCAAGAUGUUGAUGAUGAUGGGCUUGCUGCUGCCUUUGAUCUACGCCAUGAAGCGGCAUAAGUGGUCAGUCCUGAAGAGUCGAAAGCUGGCAUAUAGGCCACCCAAGUGACCCUGUCCAGCAUCYACUUGCCAUCUUGCCUGAACAGACCCUCAAGCCCAGGAGCCAUCCUAGGCCUGUUCAGGCCUUACCUGGCUCACUCGGCCCGGCCCCUCUUCGUCUGGGAUGAGGGAGUGGGCAGGAUACUGGGCCUUGGCUCCAGAUUUCGUUUAGCCUCAUCAUGGGAAUAAAUUAAGUUUCUCAACAUA